GCGGCCGCGGCGAGGAGCGGGGGUGGGGAGGCGCCGUCUGGCUCGGGCUGGGCCGGCGGGGAGCACGAGCGAGCCACGGCGGCCCCGCGGGCAGCCUCGGUGGCCCACAGAGUGCUUCAGAUUCCACGGGUUUUUGCUGAACCUGUAAAAGAGAUACCUGGAUGGUGGAUUAACAAGAACACUGACCCGUGGGAAGCUUCCUGUCUGAGGAUACUGGAUUUUCACCCUAGUUCAGCAGCUCUGCUGCUCACGUAAAUACAGAUGAAUGAAGACCCCAUUCGGGAAGACACCUGGCCAGCGGUCCAGAGCUGAUGCAGGCCAUGCUGGCGUAUCUGCAAACAUGAUGAAGAAGAGGACGUCUCACAAAAAACAUCGGACCAGUGUGGGACCAAGCAAACCUGUGUCCCAGCCCCGGCGGAACAUCGUAGGCUGCAGGAUCCAGCAUGGGUGGAGAGAGGGCAACGGCCCUGUCACCCAGUGGAAGGGGACUGUCCUGGACCAGGUGCCGGUGAAUCCUUCCCUGUAUCUUAUAAAGUAUGAUGGAUUUGACUGUGUUUAUGGACUAGAACUUAAUAAAGAUGAAAGAGUUUCGGCACUUGAAGUCCUCCCUGAUAGAGUUGCAACAUCUCGGAUCAGCGAUGCACACUUAGCGGACACAAUGAUUGGCAAAGCAGUGGAGCACAUGUUUGAAACAGAGGAUGGCUCUAAAGAUGAGUGGAGGGGAAUGGUCUUGGCACGGGCACCUGUCAUGAACACAUGGUUUUACAUCACCUAUGAGAAAGACCCUGUCUUGUACAUGUACCAACUCCUAGAUGACUACAAAGAAGGCGAUCUCCGCAUCAUGCCCGAUUCCAAUGAUUCGCCUCCAGCAGAAAGGGAACCAGGAGAAGUUGUGGACAGCCUGGUAGGCAAGCAAGUGGAAUAUGCCAAAGAAGAUGGCUCGAAAAGGACUGGCAUGGUCAUCCAUCAAGUAGAGGCCAAACCCUCUGUCUAUUUCAUCAAGUUUGAUGAUGACUUCCAUAUUUACGUCUACGAUUUGGUGAAAACAUCCUAGAUGUCAUCACAAACUUUGCCAAAUUUGUGGAACUAUUAAAUGUAUAAUUUGUAGACAUAAA